AUGAACGGUGUCUCGCGUUUCCUCAGCCGGCGCGACAAGCACCAGCACGAGAAACGUUCGCUGAAGCACCCGCUCGGCAAAUCACGGCAAGCUCUGCCCACAGUCUCACCCGAACUCUACAAAGUAUUCACGAACGACGAGAAGCCCGCGGACAAGGAUGCCGAGAAGACGAAGACCCUUCUCCAGCGCCUACAGGCUGCUGGAAUCACUACGAUGCAUGAGGAGCAAGUCGAUUAUGCCCUCGCGUGGUCCCCUGACAACCUCGACGAAGCGUACGAUCUGCUCGUCCUCGCCAACGAAUCCCUCGAGGGCGAACUGAAAGAAUUCAAUGCCGAUACCACAAUGCUCGGUGCCAUAAAUCGGAAUAUGGUGACUUGUUAUUUGGAUGCACUCCUGUUCGCCAUGUUCGCUCGGAUGGAUAGUUUCGAGGCGAUGCUAUACGACGAGUUCAAUGACGAACCGAGAAAGAAGCUCGCGGCCAUUCUCCGACUGUGGGUGAACUUUUUGCGGACGGGUAGGCUCAUUAGAGUUGACUUCACGAAGCGUCUGCAGGACGCAUUGGCACAGUGUGGCUGGGAAGAAGCGGCCGAGGUUCGCCAGCAGGACGCUUCUGAAGCAUUCACCUUCAUCACUGGCGCGUUGGAACUGCCUCUGCUGACCCUGAAGAUGGACAUAUAUCACACUGGGCGGGAGGAUAGGGAGGACGAUCACAAAUUCGUUAACGAACGACUUUUGGAAGUGGCUAUCCCAGAAGAGAAUGAGGCGGACAAAGGCGUGACCCUUGAAGACUGCCUUGAAAACUAUUUCAACAAUCGGAUCGAAGUCAAGCGAUAUUUGCAACGCCAAAACACCCUACCUUUCGUUCAGACAGCAAUCCAGGGUAGCGAGAAGAAGGAGACCAUGCAUAUCGAAACAGUUGAGCUAUCUGGACCAGAUACGCCGCUAGUGGCCACGCCCACCACGUUCGGCCCACCAUCACCUGUCUCACCUGUUCGACCAUUAUCCGGACGCCGAAGGGGAGAUAGCAUAUUCACUGAGCGAUAUAACAUCCACGGUACACCAAAGGAAUACAGUCGAUUCGAUGAGAAGAAACACCUGGAAGAAAUGCUAGACAAGAGCUCCUCCGGGCGGCCGCGGUCAGCGUCCCUCCUUAGGAAAGAAGUCAUGAUGCCCGCCUGGCAGUUCUUCAGCCUCAUCCCUUGGUACACAGAUAACGUCCCCAAGACAGAUGCUCAAGUAGCCGCGCACUUUUCUUCCAAGCGACCUGUUCUUGGUAUCUGUCUCAAACGCUACACGAUGCUGCCUAAUGGCACACCAAAACGACUCAACACCUAUGUUGAUAUACCUUUAGAGAUCGGUUUACCACAUUUCAUUUCAGAUGAACGCAUGGAGGAGGGGCCGCUUUUUGGAAACUUCAAGCUGGUGCUUCAGUCGGUUGUCUGUCAUCGGGGGGUUUCGGUCGACUCAGGCCACUACGUGUCACUAAUACGUGCGAACAAGCCGCCUUACCGGAAGCGUCCCAGUACGUCACAUACAGAGAAAGACGUUGAAGAAGAUUCUUGGCUACGCUUCGACGAUCUGUCAAAUCCGCGCGUAGUGGAUAUUGAUAUCCAGAACGCGCUACGGGAGGAGUCUCCAUAUCUGCUAUUCUACCAGGUACAACCGAUAGACGAAGAGCUUGCAUCGAGGGGUGAUCCUCCCAGUUACGACGAAGUCCAGUCCGUAACACUCUCUACGGCGCCUUCCAAGGAGACGCUCAGCUCCGAGCCUGACGCUAUGACUGACGCUACAACUACCGACGCCGACAUUGGAGAGUGGGAGAAGGUCAGCUCAGUUGAAGCACUUUCGUCCAUCGUGGGCUCCACUACGGAUGCCGAGGUUCCGGGACGCAACAGCAUGUCAAGUAAUCGUCGGAGCAGUGUCGCCAUCGAAGAUCUCGACAGCAGUACAUCUAAUAUCGCACGGGGGCGGCCACCGCCUACACCAGAUGAGCAACGAACGAGUUUCUUGUCUGCAUCCCGGCGUAACUCGAAAGCUUGGUUAUCCGGUAGCAAGAGUCGCCCUACUAGCGAGAGCGGCGAAAAUCGACUAUCGAUGACAUUGUCCAGACUCACCGGCAGAGGCAGUAAAGACAAACUCGUAGCUACGGAUAAUGGCUCGGAAGACCCGGUCAUCGUUGUGAAUGAGGCUCCUCUAACCGCGGAAAGUACACAGACGAUCAAAGCUCAGGCUCAAGCCCAUCCUCGACCUCCUGCCAGUCCAGGUAGGCUGAACAAGGACGCUGGCGUAUCUCGUAGUAAGAGCAAAAAGCAUUUCAGGAGCAAAAGCCGAGAACCGGUCUCGCCUGGAACGGAUGGUGUGCAAGUUAAGGGCAAGCACAAGGCAAAGGAUCGGCCUGAGCGCGAGUGUAUUAUUAUGUGA